UCCUCUGUUGAGAGCUAAGGUUUGGGGAGUCGGUAGGGGGACCGCGAGUGGAGCGCGGGAGCCCGGGCGGCAGGCGGGUGUGAGCUGCCCGAAAAUGCACUCGGAUGCUGCAGCUGUCAACUUUCAGCUGAACUCCCAUCUCUCAACACUGGCAAACAUUCAUAAGAUCUACCACACCCUUAACAAGCUAAAUCUGACAGAAGACGUUGGCCAAGACGAUCACCAAACAGGAAGCCUGCGGUCUUGCAGUUCUUCGGACUGCUUUAGCAAAGUGAUGCCGCCCAGGAAAAAGAGAAGACCUGCCUCUGGAGACGACUUAUCUGCCAAAAAAAGCAGGCAUGACAGCAUGUAUAGGAAAUACGAGUCAACUAGAAUAAAGACUGAAGAAGAGGCCUUCUCCAGUAAGCGGUGCCUGGAGUGGUUUUAUGAAUAUGCAGGAACUGAGGAUGCGGUGGGUCCUGAAGGCAUGGAGAAGUUCUGUGAAGACAUUGGUGUUGAGCCAGAGAACGUGGUUAUGCUUGUCCUAGCUUGGAAAUUGGAUGCACAAAACAUGGGCUAUUUUACUCUGCAGGAAUGGCUGAAAGGAAUGACUUCCCUACAAUGUGAUACAACAGAAAAACUCAGAACUACUUUGGAUUACUUAAGAUCAUUAUUAAACGAUACAACAAACUUUAAGCUCAUUUACAGAUACGCGUUUGACUUUGCACGGGAAAAGGACCAGCGCAGCCUAGACAUAAACACUGCCAAGUGCAUGUUGGGACUGUUAUUAGGAAAAAUCUGGCCCCUUUUUCCAGUUUUUCACCAAUUCUUAGAGCAAUCGAAAUAUAAAGUGAUAAACAAAGACCAGUGGUGCAAUGUGCUGGAGUUCAGCAGGACAAUAAGUCUCGACCUCAGCAACUACGAUGAAGACGGAGCAUGGCCAGUUUUGUUGGACGAAUUUGUGGAAUGGUAUAAAGACAAGCAGAUGUCCUAGGACCUUAUGCAUAGCAGCGCGAGAGUCACUGUUACCACGGUCAUGUCACCCAUUAGCCAUAAACUGCUGUUUGUAUCGAAGCGCAUGCUGCUUUUCUUGCACUGUCUGCCUCUCGCAGGGGUGUUUGGUGUUUGCUAUUGGAUGGGCCGCUCUGCUUGAUGUGUAGCAUUGUUCUCUUGGAGGCUGCUCUGCAGUCCAUUUUCACACUACAGAUUGGUGAAUUGCCAACGUCCUCACUGUGAUUAUGUGUAUAUUGCUGUUUAAAUUUGUAUAUGUGUAUAAAAUGAAAAGCUUCACCUAGAGAUUAUUUCUGCAAAAAUGUAUUGUAAAAAUAAUUUUGUGGCAUAUUUUUAGUCCCCCUCCCCUUUUUUUUCAAAUGAACCAGUUAUACUUUAUUUGGUCUCAAAUGUAGAAUUUCAGAAAACAUUGCAACUGUCCCCAUAAGCAAGUAUUGACAGAAUCAACCUCACUGCUUAAGAGGCCAACUUCUGGAAGAAGUAGGAGCCAUGACUUUCUGUGGCAUAAGCUAAAUAUGACUUGGUUCCCUUGGCAACUUUGAUAUUUUAAAGUGACAAAAGUUAUAAUUUAUUUGAGCGCACAGACAUAUGACAUGCUACAAAGCAUUUCUAACACAAAAAGUACAGGUUUAUGGGGUUUUUCCUUCCUCUUCCUCUUCCUCCUCCUUAAAUUGCUCCUCAUUUAAAUUGAAGAUUAAGUUUCCAUCAAUCUUUCGCUGUUUCCCGCUUUGUGUUCCUCUAGCAGUGUUUGGUCAGCUGAAGCUCUCUGUGCCACUGUGAGUAAAAUGUCCCAUGAGCCUCCUGGUUUGCUGGCGGCAUAAGCACUUUGAACUAUGGCUUGAGAUUUUAGUUCUUCUUGUAUGGUGUCUGUAACCCACCAGGGUUUUGGAGUUUUUUGGUUUGUUUGUUUGUUGUUGUUGUUGUUGUUUUAAACCACAAGUGAGAAGUGUUUGUUUUCUGUCUGUGUUUCUUCUGUGCUGGGCUUUCCCUGGCAACACGUCCAUUGCAGGCAGUGGACUUGAAACCACCAGCAUUGAGCUAACCCUGUUCAUAUUGGGACCUUUCUCAGAGGGGCCACUUGUCAUUCCCGGAGUCACAUGUACAGAGGGUGGUAGCCAUUAUGUGGAUGAGAAACCAGAGCCAACACAGUGGUAGUUGUGCACUUGUCCUUACGUCUUAUUUUUAGGGUUUGUACUUGCUCGCCUUGCCCCUCUUGCAGAAGCUUACAGUUACAAGUUUUUCCAACUAUUUGGUGCUAUGACUCACUCAGUCCCUGAAGUUUGUGAACACAUCUGAGAUUUAACCCAGUAAAGAGCCAUGGCUUGUUUGCUGGGUAAAUGGUGUAGUGGGAUAAGAUCCGCGCCUGCCCAGGCUGCUGAUGACUGGAAGAUGUUGGGAUUAUCGGCCAAAAAGAAAAAAAAAAUGUCCUCUACAUUAAAUGUGAACCUUUAAAUGGCAUUAAAUGAUCAGAGCACACAGACAAUGCUACCCCGACCACCGUCCUAUAGUUCCUUUUCAGAGUGUUGCUAUUUUCAUAUUUCUUUCCCUGAUUGAACCACCAAAGACAGAAAUGUUUAUGUAUGUACCGUGUGCGUGCAUAUGCAAAAUCAUGGUGUGAUAGAAUGUUUAUGUAUAUACCGUGUACGUGCAUAUGCAGAAUCAUGGUGUGGUAGAAGGCAAAUACUUGCCUUUUUCCACCAAAUAAUGCGGUUUGGUUUGCUGUGAAAAAUAAAUCAGAAGUUUGAAAAACCAACAAAACAAGCCAAGGUUUCUUCAGCAUAGUUAAUCAUCCUUUGUCCGCAGUCUCACUUACAGAUUUGUAUCUGAACACAAUGUAGACUUCUUGGAAAACCACAGCUAUUGAGACUGCUCUGUGAAAGACAUUCCAGUGCAUAUGGGUGUGUGACAGUGGGGACUGCUAAAGACAGGCACGGCUCUGUGGAGAAGGGUUCCUUGUCGGGUGUCCCAAGGUUACAGAAUCAUUCUCUCAGGGCGCUGUUCUGGAGGUAGAUCAACUGUUGAUCGCCUCAUUGCAAGGAUGGACUGUAGAUGGGAUUGUUUUAAAUGCUGUGUGGGAAUCGAGAGAAUGUUUUAAACACUAAGCACAGUGGAUCUGUGAAUAAAGAAUUGUUACCAGGGUGAGAAAUUUCAUUUCAUCUACAGUGAGCAUUUUGGUAAUAGUGACUCAAGUAAGAACCACCAUGAUGUAUACGGUAUGGAAGUCCGCAUUCCGGAGGGGAUAACCAAUAUUUAGAACUCCAGAUAAUGUCUGGACUGCCUCAAGAAACAAACCACUGUGACGUGGCUUGCCUUUGGAUUUCUCGAUUUUUACAGAGCUAUUUUUAAGGGGAGUCAGACACAGUAAUAAGACACCUUUUCUUGAAGAAUCGCCAAGUUACACAAGUUGAACGAUCACCAAGAGCACUUACGGCCAGCGUAGGAAGAAGCCAGGGCGCCUUCGGUUCUCCGUACCUGAGCUCCAGCCGCCCUUCCUCCCUUCACCUGUGUUUCAGGGCGCUGCGAUCGUCUUGUUGGGGUGCGCGACUUGUAGACAUUUCCACUGCACCAGGUAGAAGUUACGUGGCAAGAUUUGCUGGAUACCCAUUGUAGCCUUAGGUGCGCCUCUUUUGAAGCCUGAACUCUUGAGUUCAGUAUUGAUAUCUGAUUAGACAAACCUCUAGAUUCUGGUUUAACAGAUUUCUGUUGCCUCUAAGUCUCCAUCCUAACCAUACUUUUGAAGUUUAUACAGAAAGCUUUAAGAGUUUAGUUUGUGUCCUUGGUUUUUAUUUUUACAACUGCUAAAAUACCUCUGUAAGCCUUAUCCUUUAUUCUUUCAUAGUUGUAUAAAAUUGUAUAGAAUUCAUUGACCAACUGAAAUGUUGGGUAUCUGUAAAUGAGACCAAAAUGUGGUUGCUUUUUUCCAUAAACUGAUUUCCUUCGGGCGCUGCUGUGACGUGAGCAGCAGCCAGCCUGUGACUGUGAAUGCCUCGUGUCGUCAGUAUUUGCAUUACAUUCAUACAAGUGUGCAAGUCCUGUGACUCCCAGCUUAACUAAAAUACUGUCAUGCCAUUUAAUGAGCACAGCAAACUGGUUUAGGUUUUAAUGGAAUUGAUGUAAAAUGAUAGCCCAUAAAUAAACAGAUAUUUGUGUUUGGUUUCCGAACUGA